AUGUUCCAGCAGACGAUGAAGAUGCGGGCCCACUACAUGGUAAGUAAAGCUCUCCCCGCAAAUCAAUACGAUUGUCUAUGGACUGACACUGAACCAAGUCCCUCUUCUUCAGUCCUGGAUCUCCCUCAGCUCUACAGCAAACCUUCACCUCAAUCCCUCCUUUCUGCUAUCGCCCUGCUCGCCGUUGCCCCUUCGUCCUGGCAAGGAAAAUCCGGCGAGGCUAGACCAGCUUCAAUUAGCCAAGACGGCGUACCGUCCUACCUGACGCGCAUCGUAUCAAGCCCCUUGGCUUGGAUACCUUCAGAUACCGACAGAGAGCUAGUAUGGGAAGCAGCCAGCAAGCGACUCGCGGAACGAUCAGGCCGCACAGCCAUGCCAUCAAUCUCUCGUACCUUCCGGAUCCCAAUCGACGGGCAAGACUCAUCGGACACUCUCGACAUCAGACUCCACGAACCUUCUCUGACAGACGACAAUCUCGGCCAUAAGACAUGGGUGGCUUCCUACCUACUCGCCAAACGCCUCCCCACCCUUCUCCCGCGCCUCUUCCCCGGCAUCAAACCUUCUGCCGAGAUCGACCCCCUCGACCCCCCUCCACCGACCAAGUCCCCCAGCAACCCUCACCGUCACCCCAUCCCACCUCCAACCCCACGCCCCCGCAUCCUCGAGCUCGGCGCCGGCACCGGCCUCGUCGGCCUAGCGGCCUCGGCCCUCUUCUCCGCCCACACGCUCCUCACCGACCUCCCCUCCAUCCUCCCAAACCUCCAGCGCAACGUCACCGCGAACGCAUCCCUCACCGCCUCCAGCGCCGUCACGGCCGGUCCUCUCGACUGGUCGGACCCGGACUCGUACAUCCGCGGAGGCGCACGCUUCGACCUCAUACUCGCGGCCGACUCGCUGUAUGCGCCUGAGCAUCCGUCGUGGAUCGUCCAGGUCAUGGGGACGCUGCUCCGGUGGGACGAGGAGAGGAGGGCGAGGGUCGUUGUCGAGUUGCCGUUCCGCAGGGAGAGGCCACCGGAGCAUGAGGAUUUGAGAGUGCGGAUGCGGGAGAAGGGGUUCGUGUUGGUGGAGGAGGGAGAGGAGGUGGGAUACGACGACUGGGAGGAGCUCAGUCCUUCGGGUGGGCAGUUGGAGGUGAAGUGUUGGUGGAGCGUAUGGCGCUGGAGGUGA